CUCGCAGAGAAAAUCGUAGGAAAAACAACUGUCAGACCAGAAUAAAUUUCCCUAUUUUUCAAAUAACCUACCUUCGGAAUGAUGUGAUUGAGUUCGUUGAGUUUUCCAUUUUCCCCCCUUGUUUUUCGGUUGCUGGUUAAGGUGGAUUCGGCAGUGCAGCGUUGACUCUGUGUACAUAUGAUUCUCCUUGAGUGUUCGACGCUGGCAAUGUGAUUCUGUAGUCUCAGUGCAGUGCAGAGUGUAGACUGUGUAGUUAGUAAUAGUUUUCCCAGAAUCCUCGCUCCUUCCCCAUUUUCGCGUUUGUGCUCGUCUUUCUUCCGUCAGACAUCAGGUUGAAUAUGUUCAUAGGUUGAGUUUUUACUAUAACUUCGUCAUACUCCCCUCUGUAACAGUGGUGUGGAUCGCUUGAUCGCAGUUUGCAGUGUCGAACAGCGUUGGCUGCUGUCUCUGAUCCGUAUCUGCCAAAAAGUCGUCUUUCACAGAAUAGAGAAUUUACUGGGUAGUCCCCGUCUAUUUCGUCAAAUAGGAUUGUACAGAUCAUCCUCACGGUGCUGGGCGUUGAUUGAUUCGCUGGGUUCCCUCGUCAAGGCGUCCUUGAGCCAUGCAGGAAAUGGAACACGGUGAGAAGAAACCAUCGGCGGACACUCUGCGCCGCAACUACUCCGUGGACCAGCUGAUGCUCCUCUCCAAAUCGCCCCUAUCCCGUCGCUGUCCCUCGGCGCUGUCCCUGGAAGGCGCCAAGGCCAACUCCAACCCAUGGCUCUUCAAGCUGGUGGCCUCGGCGCAGCCGCCCCCCGCCGCCGCCCCCUCCAGCCUCAACGGUGAGCCGCCGGCCCCCGUCGCCAACAACGGGGCGCCGGAGGGCCGCGGGAGCUACCUCCGCCAGGACUCCAACAUCUCCGACUCGGGCAUCUCCCUGGCGCCGCAGCGGCGCAGCUUCACCACGGGCUGCCAGCCGGCGGCCUCCGCCGCGUCGCCGCAGAAGAUCCUCAUCCGCAAUCAGGCCGGCGCCUUCGUCACCAAGGAGGUGCCGGCCCGUGAGCGGGAUUUCCGCGAGAACGAACGCGAUCGUGACAAUUAUCCGUCGCGCAAUAAUUACAAUUCCCGGGAUUAUCCCAACAACCGCGGCGGGACGUCAUCGGCGAGUCAGCGCUACGGCUUCCACAACGACCGCUUCAACCGCGACCGCAACAAUCAGGACCGCGGGGAUUUCCGCCGACCGGACCGUUUUGACCGCGACCACCGGGACAAUACGCGGGAUAACCGGGAGAAUUUUGACAGAGGGCGUCCAUCCAAUCACGGCGAUAAGCAAGAAGAGUCGCCGUACUAUCUCGAGCACUCGGAUGAAGACGAACCGGCGUGGAUGGAGGACGGGCCGAGCAGUCGGCACGAUAUUAUGGAGCUGAAGGGCUUUGAUGAUGAUUUGCGCGGGACCGACGACGCUAAAGACGAGGAGACGCACAAGGAGGCUCCGGAGAAGACGACCUCCGUGGAGAACGUCGUUAAAAAGCCCGCGCCGCCGGAAACGAAGGCCGUCAAAGCGGAGUCGCCGCCUGUCAUCGAGGAUCGGAAUGCCAAUGCCGCGGGCGGGAGCCGUUUCAGCGCGUUGUUCUCCGGCUUGGACGUGUCUUCGGAGCGUUCACAGGCGGAAGCGUCGGCGCCGGGAUACUCGCCGCAACAGGAGGCCGUCUUCGGGAUGGAUCCGCAGGAGGCCGGGCGGAAUUUACUACAGAUGCUCCAGCGUAAAGCGCAAGUGGUGCCAGUCGCCAGCGCCGUCAGCCAGCCGAAAUUCAAAACGAUGGAGGACAUUGAGCGCGAACACCAGCUGGCGCAGCAGCAGCAACACCAACAGCAGCUGCAGUCCGCCGCGCCCCCGCCGCCCCUCACCCAGUCGCGCUUCAUGCCGCCCCCCGCCCAGCAGCCUCUCCACGCCCCCUUCACCGCGGUGUCCCCGCCCAGCCAGCCGCCGCAGCCCAGUCCGCCGCUGCCGCCGGACCUGGCCAUCCCCGACGAUCCCAGUCUGCACAAGCUGCUCAACUUCUCGGUGCAGGAACUGACGCACAUGCGCGACAGCGGCCACUUCGACCACGGCAUCUUGCUCAUGCUCAUCCAGAUGAAGCAGCGCAAGGACUCGCUGAUGAAGGCGCUGGAGAUCAAGCCGGGCGGUGGGGCCCCGCCGCCGGGGAUGACCGCGGCGGGAGGACCCUUCCCGGCGCCCUUCCAGACGGCGCCGCCGCCGGCCGUGAUGCACCGCUCUUUCUCGCCCUUUGGCAACUCCAUGCCGCCGGGAGCCGGACCGGCGCAGUACGCGCCCACCGUCCCGCCGCCGAUGAGUCCCAUGCACCGGUUUGCUCAUCGGAUUGCGUUCGGUGGACCCGUGCGCGUCGGCCCCGGGAACCAGAUGGCGGCGGCGCACGGCGUGGCGCCGGCGCACUUCCCUCCUAACCUGAUCUCACACCACCCCCAUCCCAGCUUCCCGCACAGCCAGCCCUUCCCCAUGCCGCCGCCCCAGGAGAUGCUGCUCUGGCAGCAGCAGCAGCAACAACAGCAGCAGCGCAACGCCGCCCACUCCCGCCAGUUGGCCGAGCGCCAGGAAUGGAUGCGCCAGAUGCAGCUGCAACAGCAGCAGCAGCAGCUACAACAACAGCAGCAGUACAGCCACAGCCGCAUGCACAAUCAGAUGAGCAUUCCUGGGCCGGCGGUGGGCGGCGUGGUGCGGCCGUCGUCGAGCGGGAACCCGUUGCUGCCGACGGCGGUGAUGCGGAAGACGCUGCAGCGCAGCGACACCAGCGGCUCCCUGCCGGGCAGCAGCUCCUCCACGUCGUCGACGCCGGCGCCGGCCGGGGCGGGCGGCCUGCUGGAGGGCGUCAUGGGCAUGGAGCGGGAGGCGGAGGGCUUCCUGCAGCUCUACCACCACCAACAGCAGCAGCAACAGCAGCUGCCGCCGCCGCGCACCAUGGACGAGGAGCACCAGCGCUAUCUCAUGCUGCAACAGCAGCAGCAGCAACUGCGCCAGGGCCACAACGUCCUCCCGCCUUCCUUGCUCAACUUCCAGCGCUUGAACGCCGCUCAUCCGUCCUACGCUGACGAUGGCUCCUAGUCAAUGUCGGUGAAACGAUGAUUCUUGCCGGUUAAUGAGAAAGAAAAUCCUAUUUACCGCGGCAUCUUGGCGACGAGUAGCCGGUUCGGACGGCUGGACGGUUGUCGUUUCUUGUGUUGAAUAAUCCAGCUAAUUACGUUUUGAUUAAUUCUCAGAGUGUAUCGCUGUAUUUUUCUUGGCUUGUGUUGCUUUUUACAAACUAAUUGCACCGGAUCCGGCGCGGGUGGCGGUGGUCGGCCAAUUCCUAACCUGUUAUGCUCUGUUACAGUUUUUGUUUUUCUUUCUCUGACCGGAAAUCGCUGAUUGCACGCAGUUACGGGAAGAUGUGUUGGUUUUGUCUGAUUUUGUGAGAGAGCGGUUGGCUUACAUUUCUUUAUAACCGGCACUAAUUGGGUUGAUCACACGUGUUUCGUUGGAUGUUAUGUCCUUGGUCCGCAAAUGGCUCAAAAUUAAAGAGACACUAAGCAA